CUAAUAUUAGGCACAUGGAGAAAUUCCAAUUUGGAAAGAGGUCCCACUCAAGCAGCAAUCCCGUGAACUUUGAGGAAAUGCAAAGGUUUAUUAAAAGGCACCAAAUAGAAAUGGACUUAAUUUCAAAAAUCCCCUUCAAUGACCUAUCCAGCCCACAAAAGUUCAUAAAUAGCUUCCCAGAAUACAAAUCAAAACUCAUCCAGAAGCUAAAAUUACUCAAUUCAAAAGACAAGAAGCCUAAUACCUUAAAUCAAGAGGCUUUCAAGCCUGAGUGAAGCCCUGCUGCCGACUUGGACAUGAGCUUCAGAAUACAGAAGAAAGUCACUAUAGAGAAAUGGAAUGAUGGGAGUACCAGAAACCCGCAAGAAACUAGUUAUCCUAAUGAGAGAUCAAUGACAAUGAAGCCGAAGAAAAUAAGUAGCAAGAGAUAUAAAAUGCCAAAGCGUUUAGUUAGGCUGACGAAGUUGAAUGAUCUUAGCAAGAAGAAUUUAAGCAUCAGCCUUCCAAGAAAUAUCUUAGAAGCAAAAGAGACCAGAAAUAGAUGCCUGAAGGCUAAGACUAAUCGAAAAGCUUCUUCACCUAUGUAUCUCAAGAAGAAAAUGAUCAAUAUUCUUAAUUUAGAUGGGGUUAAGAGAAGUCCUCAGAAACCAAAAUAUCAAAAAUUAAAGCUAGGCAGUAUGAACAAUAGUCUUAUUUGGAGUAAUAAAGGUAGUAGAGGUUCGAUCUUCCGCACCUCACGUGUUCAAGAGAAAUACCUUGCAACAGAAGUUUCAACGACCAAGAGUAGAGGUCAGAGUCCUUUUUGAGGAAUAAAAUCCCUAAAGAAAGCUCUUCCUUUCAGAAAGCACAACAAAAAUAGUAGUGCUAUUGGCCUUCUGCCUAACAUAUUUGUCUAAUGUCAUCUUUAAGAAGUGGUUCGUGACAGGUAUAGGUUGAGGAUUAGACAAUUCAAGCAUGAAAUCCUUAGAAUCCACUAAGAUUUGGACAUAUUUUCAAUAUCCU